UUUCAUAGAAUCAACACUAACAUAUCCAACCAAGUUCCUAAGCAAAGAUGAUUCAUCUUUUGUUUGCACUUGUGAUGAUUGAAAUGGCAUUCAUAUUGAUUCUAUCUUUUGCAAAUCCAAUAAGAAAAUUAGUGAUCAAAGGGCUUGAUCUCUUGAAACAAGGAAGAGGUCCAUUGGUCACAAAAACAGUGGCAACAACAAUGUUUGUUGUUUUUGGAUCCACCAUUUAUACCAUAACCAAAAUCCAAAAGCGUUCAAGUGAGAGUGGUGGAUUAAUUAAUCCAACUGAUGAAGUUCUAAUGGCACAUAGACUCCUUGAAGCAUCUCUCAUGGGAUUCUCUCUAUUCCUUGGAUUGGUGAUAGAUAGGCAACACUACUAUACAAGAGAGAUUUUUUCACUAAGGAAGAAUUUGGAAACAGCAAAGAAGCUUAAAUAAUUAUGAGAAGGGAGAGAAGGCCAUAAAUUAUAUUAAAGUUUAUUUGAAGAUGUAUAUCAUGUGUCCUUGAAUGAAUGUUCAAAAAUUUCAUAAUUGAAUUUCAGUUUGAUAAGUGUAUAUAACUAUGUCCCAUUGGUGUUUGUAGUUAAUAAUAAUUUGAUUUAUUUUACUUUUAGAA